UGUCUGUCUGCAGGAGGGAUGAAAACUCAGGUGCGCCUCAGCGCUGCGUAAAGACGCGACGGAGCUCCUUGGCAAAAAGUCGAGAUUUGCUGCGCGAAGCUGAAAGUAAAGACCGACAAUAAAUCCUGAUCUCCUGAAAAAAAGAAAUAAAACUCAUUCCAGUAUAAAGGCCUAAAGGACAAACAUAUCUAAGAGGAAGGAGCUUCCAGGGUCCUUGCCUCUACAAUGAGUUGGGGGGCCCUCUAUGCCCAACUGGGCGGCGUCAACAAACACUCCACCAGCCUCGGGAAGAUCUGGCUCUCCGUCCUCUUCAUCUUCCGUAUCACUAUCCUAGUCCUGGCUGCAGAGAGCGUUUGGGGAGACGAGCAGUCGGACUUUACGUGCAACACGCAGCAGCCCGGUUGCAAGAACGUCUGCUAUGACCACUUCUUCCCUGUGUCACAUAUCCGGAUGUGGUGCCUGCAGCUCAUCUUUGUGUCCACACCAGCUCUGCUCGUAGCCAUGCAUGUGGCGUACAGAAAGCGUGGGGAUAAGAAGACCAUGCUGGCCUCCAAUGGCACGGAAAAAACCGACCUUGAGACCCUAAAGAAAAGACGUCUGCCCAUUACGGGCCCUCUUUGGUGGACCUACACCUGCAGCCUGUUCUUCCGGCUCAUCUUUGAAGGCGGUUUCAUGUAUGCCUUGUACUUCGUCUACGAUGGCUUCCAGAUGCCCCGGCUGGUGAAGUGCGAACAGUGGCCUUGCCCAAAUAAGGUGGACUGCUUUAUCUCCAGGCCAACGGAGAAAACCGUCUUCACCAUCUUCAUGGUAGCGUCCUCGGCCAUCUGCAUGGUGCUGAACGUGGCCGAGCUGUUGUAUCUCAUCGUCAAGGCACUCUUGAGGUGCUCGAACCGGUCAAACAAGAGGAAACACCCCUACACAGAGAACAUGACAAGGGACAACAAGAAGAACGAGAUGCUGUUGUCGUCCUCUACGGACACGUCCAGCAACAAGACCAUGUGCUAAAGAACAAAGAGAGGGAUAAACUGUAGAUCCAAUCUGUGAAACUCCAUUAGAGAUGUCUUGCGGGAUGCAUAGUCUGAUUUUACUGUGGCAAGACUUUAGUUCAGCUUCUUAACCAGCAGCAGAACUUAUAUUGACCAGACAGAAGGUAACUUGGGUGGUUUUGUCUCAAACAUGGCCCUAGAUUUCCCACUCUUGCACUAUAUUGCUCACAGCAUAAUGUCUUGGUUAUGUAGCUUUGUUUAAUUCUACCAGCCGUUAUUUUAAGUCCAUCGACCGAAAGAAGGUCACCUGCACACAAACAGACCAGUUUAAGCAAAAACUAAAUCAGUUUACAAGUCAGAGAAAUCCCUUUAAAUCUUCAAGAACAAUCUGCUGUAAUCUGAGAGGCAAUGGAGAUGAAAUGUGCAAUGUCCCCUGCUGAAUGUUGCCUCAACACUGCUUUGGAUAGAUAUUUCUUCUUUAGAAGUGGUUGAAGAAGCAUAGAUUUGCUCAGUUUUUCAAAUAACAACAAAAAAGCAAACUGCAGAAAAAAA